UGGGCCGACGAUAUAUUUCACACUCGUAAAUCGCAUUAGUGUCCGCGAGCCACUACGUAAAUAAACCAUUAUCAGUAACGGUGUUAGAACCGGCCGCGGAGACACCAGGUGAAAGUCUCAGACGCACUCUUGGCUUCCAGUUACAAAGACGCGCCGAAUAACUCGGCUUGCGAUUUCGUCGUCGAUAAUCGCAGAUAAAUAAACAAAUAAGUGUGGCCUUUUUGAGCGCGGGCAGUGAGCAGAGCCGAUCGACGCGGAUUCGCCGCCGGCGCUCUGCCUGUGCGCACUUUGUCGCUACGAGCAAUGAUGUUGACAACGUACACCCUCGUCUUCUUGGCGGCGAACGCACUCGCCGACAACCUCCAAACUUUGGAAUACGAUAAUAACAGCACGCUACCUGCCGAACAAUAUUUUAUAGAUAAGAUUUUCGACAAAUAUGGAGACAGAGGAGUCAUUACAUUUGAGGGAUUUGAGCAUCUGCUGCACAGUCUGGGGCUCGGAGGGCAAGUGUUCACUUCCCCGCACGACAUCGCCCUGCACCGCGUCAACGGCACCUUCCGCCAGAUCCACGAUACACAGCACCGGCAUAGAAGAUCACCAUCCACAACAACACCAAUCUUGAAAAAACCAUGCCUGUCACCAAGGGAAAUAUUAGAAGCAUACGGAUUGGAAAGCGAACCUGGCAUCAUAAACAUAAAACCAAAAAUAUUUUUAGAAAUGUGUCCGGCCCUUGUUUAUCAAUUAGAUCAGAGAACUUGUUUCAAGACGGAAGCACCCGCCCCAAAACUGGAUCGAGUUUGGACAUGGAUAUAUGCCACAUUGAGUAUUCUGGUUAUAAGUGCGACAGGACUUUUGGGUGUAGCAAUAGUGCCGAUGUUAAAAUCAGCAGUAUUUAGUUACGUGAUACACUUCUUGGUGGCAGUGGCAGUAGGAACGCUGUGCGGAGACGCGCUGUUACAUUUGAUGCCCCACGCGCUCAAAUCUCAUGGAACGAAUGCGAAUGAGCCUCAGGAAGAAACUGAAGUUAUCCUCAAGUGCAGCGUAACUUUUCUUACCAUUCUCUUAUUUUACUCCGUCGAAGCAAUUAUGCAAACACUCAACGGUGGCCACGGACAUUCGCACGAUACUCCAACUAAAACUGUCGAAGACAUGAAAAUAGAAUCAGCAAAGCAAGUAGAGUCAAUAGAGCUCGGUGCUAUGAUGCCUGGCUCGCCUCCGCCACCGGUAGAACGUCCGAUGACGUCAACGGCACUAAUGGUCAUAGUGGGUGACGGUUUACACAAUUUAACUGAUGGUCUUGCAAUAGGAGCUGCGUUCAGUGGCGACCCCGUGACUGGGUUUGCUACAGCACUCGCCGUGUUCUGCCAUGAGUUGCCCCACGAGCUAGGAGACUUCGCAGUGCUCUUACGAUCUGGUAUGAGCAUCAGGCGGGCGUUGUAUUAUAACUUGCUCUCAUCGGCUCUUAGUUUCAUGGGAAUGGCAGGAGGCAUUUGGCUUGCUGAGGACCAUGAAUCAGCCUCGCAAUGGAUUUAUGCCGCAACUGCGGGUACGUUCUUCUAUAUUGCUUUAGCGGAUUUGGUGCCUGAACUUAAUGAAAACAACAAAGGUAAAAGUGUUCUUUUAAUGCUUGCUAUCCUCGGUUUUCUGACCGGAGGAAUAAUUAUGUUACUGAUAGCACUUAACGAGGAUGCCAUACAAUAUCUUUUCCGAAGUUCAGAGCAGUAGUUAAGUAUUCAUAUGUAAUUAAAUAAAUAAUUAAGCGUACUGUUAUUAUGUGAUAAUUACCAGUACCUUCUCAUGGUUGUUCAAAUAGUUUGUCAUAGAACUAGUAUUAAGUAUAACUUAAAUAACUACUACAAUGAAGUGCUCAAAUCAGUUUUGAAAAUAAAACAUUCCAGGAAAUAUUUAGAUAUUAAUUAGAAUGUUUAGACUAGACUACUACUUGCUGUAAGAAAUAUUUUAAGGGUAGAGUAACAGAAGACUAAGAAAGUUGUUCCUAUAUUAAGUUAUGUAUUAAGUACCAACCUAAUUAAUAAUAAAUUAUUAAUUACAAGAAAUAUGUAUGAAAGAACAUUCCCAGAAAGCUGCUGAUUUCAGUAUUUUUAUCUUUGAUAUUAUAAUUUUUAUGUUUAUACUAUUUAUUUUUAUUCGAAUUAUUUUUAUAAGUCACUAUAUCUAUCAAAAUAUUAAAAUACAUAAGUAAAAUAUAUGAAGAGAAAUAGGCCUUGCGAAUUGUGUUUGUUCAGUAUGUUGUUAGGUUAGGUGUAGGUUAGGUUACGUAUGUUGUUAUGCACUGAGGUUUGUAAAUAAUAUUAGUAGUGAGUAAAAGUUUAGAAAUAAGGCUGUGCUGCGUGCUAUUGUUUUUAUUAAUUAUAUCGUUUAAUGAUAUUCUAUUGCAUGACAGAAUGAACAAAUAAAUAUUUUGAAUUUAA